AUGUACUUUCUCGCCCCACCUAAAUCCCCCCCGUUUUCUCUCAUUACACCCCCACCCACCCCGAACUCGCUCAACCACGUAUUUGUUUGCGUCACUCCCAGAACUCACCAAAUAAACAAUAAUAAUCAAUGCUUGGUCAAGAACCUCCCCCAAAAUGCUUCAGAAGAUCGCAAUGAAAUGGCAUGGGGCGCGCGAGGGGGCAGUUUUUUCAAUAUGUAUCUAUCUAUCAUUCUAUUUAUCUAUCUCAGUCUUUCAUAUCUAUCUAUCUCAGUCUUUUCAAUAUCUAUCUACCAAUCUCAGUUUUUUCAAAAUCUAUCUAUCUUUCUUUCUAUCUAUCUAUCUAUCUAUCUAUCUCAGUCUGUUCAUAUCUGUCUAUCUCAGUCUUUUCAAUACUUAUCUAUCUACCCAUCUUUCUUUCUUUCAUUCUUUCUAUCUAUCUAUCUAUCUAUCUAUCUCAGUCUGUUCAUAUCUAUCUAUUAA